AUGACUCCAAGAUAUCUGUGCAUGCAAAAUGAAAAGUGGAAACAGGGAACAGUGGGGAGAAGAGACGUAACGGGAAAUUUGAGUGAAGAAAAGGAAAAGAGAUUUGUCGGUGGGGCUGGUGGGCCUGGGCUGGGCCCAGAGGAAAUAAGAGGAGCACUGUACUCCAUGGCACACCAUGUGGGUUUGUGGUCUGUGGUCCCCCACCUCGUGCUUUCUGCUCUUUCUCUUCAUCCUUGUCAUCCACACGUAGGUGUAAUGGGUAAGGGGUAUAUGGUUGAUCCAUUGUUUGGAGCACAUGCAGAUGCAGAAGCUGAUAUACCAAACAAAGCCCUAAUAAAUGCGAGUUUUGUCUGCACUGAUGGUGGGGGAAGAGUGUCGUGGUCAAACUGA